AUGUUGGUUUCGGUUGGAGAAGAAGCUGAUAAAAAACAAGGAAGAAGUACAAAAGAUAAGUCCAAAGAAGGGGAAAAAGAAAAUCAAAAUGGACCACAAAAUUUUUCCACCGGGAGUGCGGUUACUUUGGAAUACCUCAAGAAUGGCAACAAUAUCCAGAAUGAGCUAAUGAAUACAGCAACAACAUAA